AUGUCCACGUUCUCGUCGCUGUGGGAUGAGGUCGAGUCCGAGCUCAUCAAGCUCCGCGUCAGGGUUGAGAUGCACAGGGAUCAGGAUGAGAGGGAUAGAACCAAGAUCAAUGAGGACUUGCUAUACCUGAUGUACAAGUGCAAGGGAAAGUUGCAGAUUGCCUGUGCAAUGAUCAAUCAGGAGCAGGUGCUCGCCGCCAUGCACUUUCAGAAGAUGAUCAUGAUGGUACUCAAGAGCAUCUGGAAUGCCAGGAGGAGUAAGAGGCUGCUGAACAAACAGGGCGAGCAGAUGCACCUGUAUGAAUAUAUCAAGACAUUCCAGAUGGUGUCAUAUCGUAACUAUGAGGGUGAGCUUAGCAUGAUGAUCCAGCAGGGCAUCGAUGCUGUCGUCCAUACCGCGAUAUCAGAGGAUACCCCUGGAAUCACAGUGCGGUUGAGCCAGGUCCGUGAAAGCAACCUCAAGGCAGAGGUGGAGCAGUUGCUGCAACACCAAAGAGAGCUCGAGCAAUGUAUCAAGACAUCGUUCUGCUCCAUAGGUGUCUCGAUCUACAUCGACGUUCAACGCCUGCGCACGAUUCAGUCGAGGGUUGCCAUGUCUAAGACCCGCAUCGGGGGCUGCUAUGCCUUCAACGUGACCUUUGAUUGCCAUCCCGUCAGGACGGGUACAAUGUGUGCGCUGCUCGACGAUGCGGAACGUGAGGUGGUAGCGGUCGUACACUGCUUGUCCUGUAUCGAGGAUAACUAUGGGAUUAGCAGCGAUGUGCUGUUGUGGAUUGCAAAGUGUGUCUUGACGGAGGAAAGAGACAAGACCCUGGGGGCAGAGGAAGAGAACCGGGGAGCUGUCCGGGUGGGAGAUGAGAGCUGGGGACAGGCUUUCUUGCAAGGUACAGUUGAGGCCAUGCUCUGCGUACAUCCAGUCAAAGGUGUAGGUCCGGAGCCAGUGCACGACUCUCAGGCACUUGUAGCAGUCAGGACGAGCUGA